AUGGCAUCUUCAUCUGAAGAAUCUACCGUGGACAGCAAGGAGGAUGUGUCCAUCGAUGUGGACCUUGAAAUGCCGCCCACCAAGGAGAAGCCACGGAUUCGUUCUAAGAAGGAGAGUUGGGAACAGCUGCCAGAAGGACAUCGAGGUAUUCAAAUCCGUGAGCUAUGGGACUUCUACAUGCCUCAGCAGCAGUGGUUGGAGCAGCAGAGGUGGCGAUGUGAGGUAUGCCACAGGUCAUGCACAUGCAACGAUUGCCUCGAGAUGAUGGAUGAGGGCGAGAGGAUUCUGAAUUUCUUUGGCUGGCCUGAGAAAAGCAACCAUGAGACGUGCUUUUGCUGUGGAGAAUCUGCACCAGGACGCUUUGAGGGUCGCAACCUCUACGAGGUGGCCGCGGAGAUGAUCAUUCCAUCCUGCGAAGAGCUCCAAGUGUCCUAUGUGGAAAAGUUACGUCGAGGAGAUGGGAACUUUGACGGUGUAAAGGCUGACACCUUUGUGUCUCAUUGGUGGGGUGAGGAGUUCCCGAAGUUCAUCCGUGCCUUGACCACCUUCGCAAAGAUCCGAUGCGCUAAUUUGCCAUGGACGUUUUGCGCGAAGAAGCGGGAGCACGAGGGAUGGGCCUUUUGGAUCUGUGCCUUCGCGAACAACCAAUACGCCAUUGAGCAUGCUUUGGGUGACUUCAGUCUGGGGCAAUCGCCCCGCAGCGCGGUGAUGACCUCGGCCUUCGCCACAGCACUGGCCUCAGUGGAUGAUGUCGUUGCUCUUUUGGACGAUCAGGCCAAGAUCUACACAAGGAUUUGGUGCUGCUUUGAGCUCUUCUCUGUGAUGCGUCUUGUACCGCAACGUCAUGGCAAGCAGCUUGAAAUUUUCAUCGUGGAUGAAUCUGGGGUGGUGAGCUCUGGCUGUGGCAACGUGAGAGCAAUGGACAAGCUGAUUGGGAAGGUGAAGACGCGUGAGGCCGAAGCCUCCAAUGCAGCCGAUAAGGACAUGAUCGAGUCGGCCAUGCUGGCAGAUGGUACGACACAUGAGGAGCUCGACGAGACGCUUCAAUACCUGGCGAAAGGCGGUCUGAAGGCCUUCAGAGGGCGCCGAUGCGUUGAGAUCUACACCGUGGCCUCCAUGGGCCUCCUUGCGAUCUCCUUGUUCGUGGCGGGUUUCUACAAAGAGUACAUCGUUCACGAGGACUUAUCGAGGGCCCCUCCAAAACACGUCCGCGUGAAGGCCGAAGAGUUCGCAAACUAA